AUGGCGGAUGUUUCCGUUCCGUCUGGAUCCAAACAUAUCGUAGUCGCCGAAACGCAUUUAAAUAAUGAUACAAAGACAGUGGGGGUGCAGGAGCCACACCCCGAGGGCCAAGCCCUUAAUGAUGAUGCCAAUAGUGAUAAAUCUAAAUCUGAAACUCCUAAUGAACCGGAAAUUAGUCAAGAUUCCGUUGAGCCGGAAAUUGGUAAAGAUUCCAUUGAGCCGGACGUUGUCGUUGAUCUGGAACCGUCCUCGCAGCAAGAAGUUUCGAAAGAAGAUGCUUCACCUGCGAGUGAUAGUAAGACUAAACCUCAAACAACCUCGCCAAUUUCAAAUCAUAAGAACGUUGGACGUUGCGUGAGUGACUCGGAAAUUAUAGUGGAUGUUCCGUCGAAACGCAAGCAAAGUAUAACACCGGUCGAUGUUUCAUAUCCGUCCACUUCCAAACAGAACGCUUCGGAAACGAAGUCGGCGCCAGAGACUUCAUCUCGGAGAGGAUUGAAGAGCAUUUUAAAGACACGCAGUGAAUCACAAAUUAUUCUGAACAUGCCCAUUCUCAACGCCGAAAAACAGGGCAUUAUCGGGAAGUUCAGCAACGGGACGUCGGUGGACGAUGGUGGGAUUACCGGUGUGCGUUUUGAGUUAGAAACGGAGUUAUCUGGAACUACCAAUACGAAACGGAAACGGAAGAGUGGAAGAUCUAAAGAACCAAAGAUAGCAAGCUUUGUCAAUCCGGCAUUUGAACAAGAGGAUCCAGGUGCUAAUUACAAAUUCGCAGAUCUGGUGGAACAGUUAUUGGGUCAUGGGACAGACGAUCAAACAGAUUCCCACCCAUAUGGCCGUAAAGCAUGUCGUCUGGGGAACGAUGGGCGUGCAUUCAUGGACUCGGGGAAGCCAAUGAUAUGGUUCGUGCUGAUGGUCGUCAUGUUGAGUGCUAUCGGUGGUAUUAUAUUCCUCUCAGAAACCAGGAAACGAAUUCCAGUGUAUUUAACGAAUUUAACCAUCAGUGCUACAACAACAGAAGAAACUACAGACUUCUUAUAG